GAGGGGAAGGGAAGGGAGGGGUGGGGAAGGGCAGGGGGCGGCUGCCGGGGCCGUGAGGUGCAGAGGGGGCUGUCCCGCCGCCUGCUGCCGGCCUGAAGCGGCGAAACCGGGGACAUAACGACGGAUCCACAGCGAAAACGAGCGAAAUCGCAGCGAAAAUGGGUGAAAUCGCGGCGAAAUUGGUGAAAUCGCCCCGGAGGCUGAGAGUGAGGGUUGUUAUUCUCAGCCUAAGCUGCGGCAGCUGCGAUGGAAAUAAAGUCAAGUACGCUGUGAAGUGCACGGGCCCAGGGAGAUGUGAUUCAGGACGUAUGAUCGUACUUCUCCGUGUGCUGUCAUCAAGCCAAAGCCUGCCUCUUCCACCCCGCGAAGGACAGCACGAGGCGAGCAAGGAGGAAAAGGGAAUAACCGGGCAGAAAGCGCAGAAUCCACGCACGUAUAUAUUUAUUUUCAGACCGCUGGUGGAAGGUCGGCUUGGCCGCGCCGUGUGUCUUUCUCCUUCCAUUCUGCACCACGAGGGCUGUCAGCCGCCAAACUGGGCAACACCAGCACGAAACUGGACCACAGCAGCAGUUCCAUCUCGCCGUGCUAUGUGGUAUUCUGAGGGCUUGCGUCGCAACAAAUCAACGCUGAUAGCAUCAUUAAGGGCUUGCAAUGUCUCGGAUACCUUGCAGAAAAUGAAAGCCAUCUGUCCAAGUGCAGAAAUGGGAUUCCAGCGUGUGAAAUGUAUUGCGUGUGUUCUGUACGGGACCUCUGUGUUCACUGUCAUGAGGAGCAUUGGCAACCUCUAAACCUCUGAUCAAAAAGAUGUUUCUCAUUUUCAACGUUAAAAAAAAUAAAAUAAAAUCCUGAGCAGAGA